AUGGAGGCAGUUAAUACCACUGAUUAAAUUAGUGGAUUUUUAAUGAAUGAAAUGAGUGAAAAAAGCACUUUGUUAGUGUUUUCGGACCAUGGGUAGUUAUUAAAUGGAAAUCAUGGAGGAAAUAGUACUGAAGAAAUCGAGACUAUAAUAUAUGGAUAUAAUAAAAAGGGAUUCAUAAAACAAUAAAAAAUGGAUAUAUCUUAAUUAAUGGAUGUUAUUUAUUUAAAUUCAACUACUGAUUAAUUAGAUAUAACUGCUACUAUUUGUAUGCUAAAGGGAUGUCCUAUUCCUAGAAAUAAUUUGGGAAUUAUUAUUUCGGAUUUCUUUUUGGAUUUAGAGUAAAAUAGCCAGGCAGUUAUUGCAAAUGCCUUUUAUACAAAUUUUAGAUAAGUGGAAGAUUAAGUUAGAGAUAUUUAAGAUUUCAUGCAUAAUCUUAAUGAAAAUACAUUUAAUGAAUUAAUGGAAAUGGCUAAGAAUAUAAAAAAUAAAUAUAAAAGAUUAUUUACAACUGGAAUUAAAUAUAAAAACUCUUAUUAAUUAAAUCCCUUAAAAUUAAAGUAAUUUAUUGGUCAAAUAUAGAAUUUCGGAUAUAAGGUUAAGAGUAUAUUCAGAAAUGAAGGAUAAACACCAAAUUUAGUUUAUAUUAAAUACGGAGUGAUUAUAUGGAAUAUAGCUUUUUCUAAUAAUUAAAAUUUAAGAAUCCAUAUAAAAAAGAAGUGA